AUGGGCGGGAGGAGUGCUUUCUUGUGUAUGAGCUGUGCGUCAACGAGGCUUCAGAUAGCGCUCGGAAGCGCUUGCGGCCUUUGGUUCCUGCACAUAUAUCCUGAAGGCUGCAUUGUUCACCGAGACAUCAAGCCGACCAAUAUACUUCUUGGGGUUGAUAUGGAACCCAAGCUGUCAGAUUUUGGACUCUCAAAAGUCAUCGACCUAGGUGUGUCACAUGUAAGCUCUGAAGUCAGAGGAACCUUUGGCUAUGUCGAUCCAGAAUACCGCCACAACCACAAGGUGAAUGCUGCAGGGGAUGUGUACAGCUUUGGCAUGGUGCUCCUGCAGCUCCUGUCAGGAAAACGAGCAAUCAACAUCAUGAAUACUGCUAUGCCAAUGUCACUAGACAAAAUGGCUUCUACGCUUAUCCAAGAUGGCAAUGUAUUGGAGUUUGCUGAUCCUAGGCUGAAUGGAGAGUACUCAACAGAUGCAUUUGAUCUCAGUUUGAAGCUUGCUCUGUCAUGCACUGGCCACAAGAAGCAGCGGCCAUCCAUGGAGCAAGUUGUGUCCAGGCUGGAGAAGGCUCUAGAGAUCUCCAUGAGAGAUGGUGCGAAGCACAACAGCAUUAGCAUCAUUGAGUCCAUUGCAUAGCUAUUCUAUGUAAUCCUUAAGUCCCUUGAUGUCCAAGUGACCAUGCUUAACAUUUCUGUGCACUAAAGUGAACAGAACCAGCUGAGUGGUGAGCAAUUUACAUCAAAAAAUUUUAAGGCAAACCGAUCAAAGUACUUUACGCCUAUAACAAGGGAUAGUUAGAGACUAAAUCUAGAGACGGUACUAUCCAGACUUAUAGUAUGAUGCAGUUAUGUAGGCUUGGACAUUUCAGCUUCUUUUCUGUCACACUAUACAGAUAAGUGCAACUACUGCAGAGGAAAACCAAUAAAAGGAGAUAAAGCACGAUACCUCUUAGAAAAGACAAUGACCAGAUGAUGAUAGUGAGUUUAAUUUAACACUUGAAUUCACUACCAUGGUCCAGGUGAAUAUGCUC